AGCGCUGAGCGGAGCGGCGGAGUGAAGCCCUCACUGUCUCCUCUGUCCGAGACGCGCCGGCCGCUCACAGCACAAUGUUGGAAACCAAGUUGCUCCGCACGAAAUGAAUCCUGCCAACGAAACCAAAGCCGACAGAAGUGAAGAAGAGUACAUUUUUGCAGUUGGCACCUACAAACUUCUCGCCUUCACCAUCGGGACCAUUGGAGUAUUCGGCUUUUGCAACAAUGUCAUCGUCAUCAUACUUUACUAUAAAUUUAAGAGACUCAGGACGCCCACCAAUUUGUUGCUGGUCAACAUAAGCAUCAGUGAUUUGCUGGUUUCUGUCAUUGGAAUAAACUUUACCUUUGUUUCAUGCGUCAAAGGCGGCUGGAUUUGGAGCCAGGCGACAUGCGUCUGGGACGGAUUCAGCAACAGCUUAUUUGGCAUCGUUUCCAUCAUGACUCUGUCGGUCUUGGCCUACGAGCGCUACAUCCGGGUGGUCCAUGCCCAGGUGGUGGACUUCACCUGGGCCUGGAGGGCCAUCGCCCACAUCUGGCUCUACUCCCUGGCCUGGACGGGGGCUCCUCUGCUGGGCUGGAACCGCUACACCCUGGAAAUCCACCGGCUGGGCUGCUCCCUGGACUGGGCGUCUAAGGACCCCAACGAUGCCUCCUUCAUCCUCUUCUUCCUCCUAGGCUGCUUCUUUGUGCCUGUGGGUGUCAUGAUCUACUGUUACGGGAACAUCCUCUACACAGUGCGAAUGCUUCGUUCCAUCCAGGACCUCCAGACGGUGCAGAUCAUCAAGAUCCUGCGGUACGAGAAGAAGGUCGCCGUGAUGUUCCUCCUGAUGAUCUCCUGCUUCCUGGUGUGUUGGACGCCCUACGCUGUGGUGUCCAUGAUGGAGGCCUUCGGCAGGAAGAGCUUAGUGUCUCCCACGGUGGCCAUCAUCCCGUCUUUCUUUGCCAAGUCCAGCACAGCCUACAACCCCCUCAUCUAUAUCUUCAUGAGCAGAAAGUUCCGGCGCUGUUUGCUGCAGCUGCUCUGCUCGCGGCUCUCGUUGCUGCAGCGCACCAUCAAGGAGCGCCCCCUAGAUCCUGUCCAGCGGCCCAUCCGUCCGAUCGUCGUGUCCAAUGGAUGCAGCAGCAGGGACCGGCCCAAAAAGAGGGUGACCUUCAGCUCCUCCUCCAUCGUCUUCAUCAUCACCAGUGACAACAUGCACCACCUGGACAUGACCUCCAGGGUCGGCAGCGGAUCGGAGGUCAACAUUAUUCAAGUGCGGCCGCUGUGAUACGAGAAACCGCACGGACCGGACUUCUCACACUCUCUCAGUAUGCCUUAGGACUUAACAUGCAACUUCAAGCCAAAAUAAAGCUCUCUGACCUCCCAGGACACUUAGGCUCUCUUUUUGCCUCGGCCCAUAUGAGAUCCACUGUUACAGAAUUGUUAACGGUAAUUGUAAAUAUCCCACUGUGACAGCCUAAGAUCUCAAGUAGACCAACCUCCUGACAGUGUUUUAUCUAACCAGAUGAUAUGGCAGUGUAGCAUCCUAUCUAACAUCAUUUGUGGUGAUAUACAUGAUAAUGUAGGUAACAAGUGGUGAUGUGUUUCUCUUAGAAUCACAGUUAGUCCAGUGGCACAUCUGUCAUUCCUGUAUGUGACAUUUGUUUACAGGCCAGAGGUGUUGUCGGACCUGAGCCUGGCUCAACAUGUGAUAGUGGUUUUGUUCGUGGGUACAGCAGCUUGCCGACUGUAAUGUGGAAAAUGGGGGGAAAAAAGCCUUAGCUCUUUAGCCAUAGAACAAACACU